GGGCCGUUGUUUGUGAUGGGCGGGUCUUGUCAAGCCGGUGCGUUGAGUUGCAAUAUACGCCAUUUUGCAUUGACAGCGGUGCGCUAAAGCAGUGGAAUCAGAAAGCUCGAGAAUUCCCUGUUUAGAGUGUAAAGCAUGGGGAAUGUCUUUGCGAACCUGUUUAAGGGUUUAUUUGGGAAGAAGGAGAUGAGAAUUCUCAUGGUCGGUCUUGAUGCCGCUGGUAAAACCACCAUCCUGUACAAACUCAAGCUGGGAGAAAUAGUCACCACCAUUCCCACUAUCGGUUUUAAUGUAGAGACGGUAGAGUAUAAGAAUAUCAGUUUCACAGUUUGGGAUGUUGGUGGCCAAGACAAAAUCAGACCACUUUGGAGGCACUACUUCCAGAACACUCAAGGUCUGAUCUUUGUAGUGGAUAGUAAUGACAGGGAACGAGUUAAUGAAGCCAGAGAGGAGCUGACGAGAAUGUUAGCCGAAGACGAGUUGCGUGAUGCUGUCCUUCUCGUUUUUGCAAAUAAACAGGACCUUCCCAAUGCCAUGAACGCAGCUGAGCUCACAGACAAACUGGGCCUUCACGCCCUCCGUCAUCGUAACUGGUACAUCCAGGCCACCUGCGCCACCAGCGGAGACGGGCUCUACGAGGGGCUGGACUGGCUCUCCAAUCAGCUAAAAAAUCAGAAAUGAGCUCGUCUACCACCUCCAAAUCUGUGUGUGUGUGUUGACGUACGAAUGUGUAUGUGUGUGUGACGUGUGCGUGUUUCUGAGAGAGCGAGACACACACAGCUACAGUACUGACCCAGACUUUGACUGAACUCAGUAACCCAUGUUCCCCUCUUUCGUUUAGGUUUGGGCAUUGCUGAUUCAGACUGUGUUUGUGUGUGCAUGUGUGCAUAGUUUAUCUUUAUUAUGCACGUUAGCAAGAAUGUAUCGUUUCUGUGUGUCCAUGUGUGUAUGAAGGCUUCUGUCUGUUUGCUUGGUUUGGGAAUGACCCUGGCGUGCCUUUUAUACACAUACAUCUCCUCUUAUCAUUCCACAUCACAAACCGUACGUUUUUUUUUUUUUUUUUUUUGCUCCAUACUGCACCACGCAUAGUUUUCAAAUGGCGAAGAAAGAACCAUGGUUGUCAUAAUAAACCUGCAAUAACAUAGUAUCCCAGUUUUACAGGCCUGCUGAUUAUACAACCCGUACACUUUCCAUACAGCAUUUUAAAUUGAGUCUAAAAACCUGCCCUGUAUCUUUAGGAAAAACUGUGUUGUAACCUGUAUCAGGUCAGGAUGGAUUCGCUCAGAUUCCCCCCCGAUGCACCACUAUCCUUGAUUGUUCUUUUGAGUCAUUUGAAAAUCAGGCUGUUUUAUUUUCAGCUCUUCAGCUCCAUGUUUUAAUUUGUUUUCCGGGUAGUGAAGUCGUGGGCAGAUCUCUGGUUUCCUGCUGUACACUACCUGUUUCCAGCCGCCACACACACCCCAAGCACAAUCACAGACUGCUGAACAUUCCCCCUACCACCAAAUUGUUGGAUUUGAUUUGAAUUAAAAACAUCAUAUGUUA